AUGGAGAAUAAUAUCUUAGACAGUUAUUCAAACAUCAAAUCAAAAAUUGAUCCUAUCAAUGCUUUGCAAUAUUUGAGGUCUUUAGGAAGGAUUUGGACAGUUUGGCCACUAGACAUUGAAGCCAGCCGGUUAAAAAAAAUUUAUCAUGAAAUUUCAUUGUGGUUCAUAAUAGUCAAUUUAUUUUUCGCAUCCAUAACUUUAUGGAUGUCAGUAUGUAGUUGUGGAAAAUAUCCUAUAUUAAUGGCAAAAAAUUUAUCACAGUUAAUGAUUAUCAAUGACUCAUUCUCACAUUUAAUACUUUAUAGAUUAUAUCGAUCAGAUUUGAGCAUUUUAGUACAAGACGUUUUUAAAUAUAUGGAGAUUUGCAAAAAUCAUGAGAGAACCAAAAUUCAAGAGUACUUUGUACGUUUUUUUAUCAUUUACAUAUCUCUUAUAGUAAUGUAUAUCAUAGCCGCAUUAGCUUUCUUUUGUGGUGCUUUUAUUUUGAAAAAAGAUUUCCCGAUCGAUGCUUCUUAUCCAUUCUCUACUGACUCUGCUUUAAUGUCCACAAUUAUUUAUACUCAUCAAACAUUUAGUAUUGUUCAGAAUGCUACUUUGAUCAUGAUUGAUUUCUUAGUAAUUACUCUGUUUUGGUACUCCGGUGCAAGAAUAAAUAUUUUAGGGUAUCGUUUGCAAAUGAUACAAAAUGCUGAUCAACUAAAUUUGUGCAUUCAAGAACAUCAAGAAAUUAUAAGAUUUAUUCAAUAUUCAGUCACCGCAGUUCAAUUUAUUGUUUUUAAAACUAUUUCAAUCGUCGCAAUUAUUAUCAUUUCAGCAGGUCUUCAAUUAAUUUAUUAUGAUGCUCAGAUUGUGGGAUCUCAGUUUUCAUUAAUUAUUACUGUAGCUAUUCUACGAAUGAUAACGUACUCGUCAACGAUUGACGAAAUGAAAGAAUUGAAUGAUAAUUUAAGGUGGAAAAUUUAUAAAUCAAACUGGAUUCAAAGUAUCUCAAACACAAACAAGAAUGUUCAAAUUUUUAUUCAUCGCUGUCAAAGCCCGAUUGUUGUAUUACAUGGGCGAAUGUUCAAUAUAAUAUCAUUGAAAUUUUUAGCUAAGCUAAUAUACACGUCUGUAUCACAUCUAACAACAUUGCGAGCUAUAAUAGAAAGAUAUUCUUAA